AUGGCACCAAUUCCACCAUUAGCAGACGAUGUGUUAGAUUUCGUUGGGAACACCCCUUUGGUUAAAUUGAACCGAAUCCCGCAAUCGUAUGGUAUUAAAGCCAAAGUUUAUGCUAAAGUUGAAUUAUUCAAUGCUGGUGGUUCUAUCAAGGAUAGAAUAUCCAAGAACAUGAUUGAACAAGCAGAAAAGACCGGAAGAAUCAAGCCAGGUUACACUUUGAUCGAACCAACCUCUGGUAACACCGGUAUCGGUUUAGCAUUGGUUGCAGCAGUUAAAGGAUACAGAACCAUUAUUACUUUACCAGAGAAAAUGUCUAAUGAAAAAGUUAGUGUUUUAAAAGCAUUAGGGGCUGAAAUUAUCAGAACACCUACUGAAGCAGCAUGGGAUGCACCAGAAUCACAUAUUGGAGUAGCCAGAAAAUUAGAAAAAGAGAUUCCUAAUUCAGUUAUUUUAGAUCAAUAUUCUAAUGAAGCUAAUCCUGAUGCUCAUUAUUUUGGUACUGGUUAUGAAAUUUGGGAACAAACCAACGGUUCAGUUACUCAUUUGGUUGCUGGUGCAGGUACUGGUGGUACUAUUACUGGUGCUUCCAAGUAUUUGAAAGAACAAAAUGAAAAAGUUAAAGUGAUUGGGGCUGAUCCAAAAGGUUCUAUUUUAGCUCAACCAGAAUCAUUAAAUGAUACCAGUGACGGGUAUCUCGUUGAAGGUAUUGGUUACGAUUUUAUUCCAGAAGUAUUAAAGAGAAAAUAUGUCGACGAAUGGAUUAAAACUGAUGAUGCAGAAUCUUUUAAAUUAGCAAGAAGAAUUAUUAGAGAAGAAGGGAUUUUAGUUGGUGGUUCUUCUGGUAGUGCUUUACAAGCGGCUUUACAAAUUGGUAAAGAUUUAACCGAAGACGAUACUAUUGUUGUUAUUUUCCCUGAUUCAAUUAGAUCUUAUUUAACCAAAUUUGCUGAUGAUGAAUGGAUGAAAACCAAUGGAUUCGAAGUUGAAGAAAAUAAUACUGCAGCUAAGAAAACUGAUGAUUUCUUAAAUCAAAAUUCAAUCAAAGAUUUGGUUGCAAAUAAAUCUCCAGUUGUUACUGUUACUUUGGCUGAUACUGUUGGCAAAACUUUUGAAUUAUUACAAAGUAAUGGAUUUGAUCAAUUACCAGUGUUGAGCUCUAAUGGGAAAUUAGUUGGUUUAAUAACAUUAUCAAAAAUUUUAAAAUCAUUAAGCACUAAAAAAGUUCAAUUAACUAAUUCAAUAAGAUCAAUUUUCUUAGAUUUCAGAAAAUUAGGAGACUUUGAAAAAUCUUUUGAUAUUUCAAAACAAUCUGGUUUUGCUAAAAGAAGAUAUCAACCAAUUACUUUGGAUACUCCAUUGUCUUUAUUGAAUAAAUUUUUCGAAACCAAUUCAAAUGCAAUUGUUACUGAUGCUGAAUAUAAACCAGUUCAAAUUGUUACAAAAGUUGAUUUAAUCUCUUAUAUUACCAAGAAUGCUUCAUUCAAUUAA